AUGCUGUUGAACAUAGACAGUUUUAGAUCGAGCACGUCGCACAUCGGCCCAAUCAGUUUCCUGAUGAUCCCAAUUUUGUUGCUGGCAUUGCCCUUGGCAAUAAGUGGGGUUUUCCUAUCAAACCUCAACAGCUCCUGUUUCCGUUGCAUUUGCGAAGCAUCCACUGGAUGCACUGGACAAGUUACAGAGUGCAGACACACGUACUGCGGCCCAUUUUCUAUUUCGCGUGCCUACUGGAUGGAUGCUGGUCAGGUUGUGCUGCCGCAUGACACGCCAACGCGCAGGGGUGCAUUCGAAGACUGCGCAAAUAACUACAACUGUGCAACUGGUAUAAUCAAUCUGUACAUGGAGAAGUACGGCACGGACUGUAACAAUGAUGGAGUAGUCGAUUGCGUCGACUACACGAUGUUGCAUAUCAACGGUGGUCCAUUGUGUCACCAGCCGUUGCGCGGAUCCUUUGCUAACAGCUUCACGAAGUGUAUGCGCCACGCGAUCCAUAAAUUAUAAUGUCGACCAUUAACUGCGAUUUAUUUUCUGCAUUUUAAAUUCCCCAUGGUUUAACAGGAUCGUAUAAUUUCGGAUACGUAGAGAGUUUUUUAAAUAAAGAAAUCUCCUCUAAGCAUUUAUUCGAAAA